GGCCAAGAAUCUGUCAUAUCCAGAAUCCGUCAUAUCCAGAAUCCGACAUAUCCAGAAUCACUAAUGCCGAAUAUCCCGAAGCAUGGCGGAGUUGGUCACAAGACGCAGCUGCUGCGGGUGCUGGAAGGGGUGGACAGAAAAAAGAGUCGGCUGCAGUGGAGAUGCGCGGGAAAGAAGGGCGAGUAGCACUGGAAGGGAAAGGAGCUUAUUCACCUGACCAUUAUCUGUGCGUCCUCCUCGCUCGCACCUCUUCCACUGCUGCCCCCCGUCGCACACCUUCGGAUGCCGCGCGACUCGAAAGCCUCGCUGCUCAUGAUGGCAACGCUGUCAUUCCCUCCCUCACUCUCACGGCAGGAGGACACGGUGCUGCUGCGCCACGCGCUGCAGUGCGGCACGAAGCAGUGGGGCGAGCUGGGGAGGAGCGGUCAGCUCAAGAGGAGCAACAAGUCAUGCUGAAGUUCACUCAGCAAUUUCGCGAGAGCUUCCUGAGAAAUCACCUGGGAGGCGCCGCGUUCCUCCAGGACGUUUCACUGGACGGAAACAGUCUGCCGUUUUUCUGUCAAGAUUUCCAGCAGCAGCAGCAGGAGGGCGCGGGUUCAGCUGCCCUGGCGUUCGGAGGGCUGUCGUAUGAGGAGUGCACGGCCGUCUUCUUUGCCCCCAACGCACGCUGCUACCGCCAACCAGCCUCACUCAACCUCUCUUCUGUGACCAGCUCUCCUCCUCAUUCCCAAGCCGCCAGCGUCUGUGCUACUGCGGCUGCUUCUAUUGCCGAUUUUCCAGUAUCCCAUGAAGCUUCCCCCGUUGCUGCUGCCUCCAAUUUUGCCGCUCGGCGUCGUGCGCUAAAGCGUCCAAGGGGCGACUCGCCCACGCUGGGGGCACAGCCAGCGCUGCUCGGUGGACGCGAGAGCUGGUUCGUGCCAAGGGGAUUCGUGCAAGGCGGAGUUUUGCGAGGCGGGGUGGUGUGUGGCACGGAGCACGGGCAUCAGCCAGUGGCAGAGCAGUUCCAGCAGCAGGGGGCGAGCAGCCUCAUGCAGCAGGCAGCUGACGAAGCCCUGCUGGAGGCGCUGCUACAGGAGGAGCAUCGGCAGCAGCAGCAAGGAGGAGCGAGGAGCAGGGCGCAGCGGAUGUUGUGGCCGCGCGUUGGGUCGGAGAGUGCCCUUCCAGAUGACGUGCUGCUGGGGUGCAACAGCGACGACCCCGCCUUCAUCCAGCGCUCUGCUCUAUCUGCUCCUCUGCCCACCCAGCCACACGCAGCGCUGCCAGCGCCAAUGCGGCCCCAGCUCGCUGCUCUGCCUGCCUCUGCUCCCUGCAUUGGCGAUUUCGCAGAGCAGCCAGUGGAGUGGCUCCGCGUUGGGCUAGAAGGCUAG